AUGGCCACCCACGCUCCCUUCCCCGCGCAAACACUCGCCAACCCUGGUCAAAUCUCCAUUUACGGCCACCCCUCCCCGACAAACUCCAACACCAACACUCCGGCUAACAACUCGCCCACCUCACCACACCUAGCUUCAGCGACUGUCCUUCUACCUCCCCAGUCUCGUCAGAUCCGCCCUCCCAAGGCGCCGUUGUAUGUUCCCGCUGUGCUCCGUCCGACCGAGCGACCGAGCAGACAUCAAACUUCCACAACGCCUACCGCGAGAGACCCUUCACCUAUCACCCCUCCUCGCAGUGUUCACGGUUCUCUCGACUCGUUGAAUGAAGACCUAGCUCCGGUCGAGUACAAAACGAAAUUUCACUCGAGGAAUAAUACCGUGAGCAAGGUAGCCGAGGAUGCGUGGAAGAAGGGCGAGCGACUGGGUGAGGUGACUGGAGUACCGACACGCGACCACUGGAAGGCCGACUCUGCUUCUCAAACCUGCGAUUCACCCACGUGUCGCUCUUCAUUCGGCAUCUUCACUCGUCGCCACCACUGCCGUCACUGCGGCCACGUCUUUUGCUCCAGCCAUACUCCCUACGUGGUUCCUCUCGACCAGAAUGCGCGCUUCCAUCCAGAAGGAUCCGCUUCGCGGGCUUGUGAUCAAUGCUACAAGGCUUAUCAGCGAUGGGAGGAUUGUCGGGCUGCCGACAUGACUCGCAUCCAGCAGAAGCUAGAUGCCCGCCAUAUUCAUGCCCAAACCCAGCAUGAGGAACAAGUCGACGACUCUGCGGAGGUUCCUCAUCGCCAGACAGAAUUCACAGUUGCCAGCAGUGUUCCCCGCGACUGGAAUUGGAGCACUUUCUAA